GUGUAGACAUAUAUAAGUAUUUAUUUUUCUCCCACUUGUGUAGAUUAGAUUGUCCCCACAGAGUCACUGUGUAUGGCUCCUUCAAUUACUGCCAGUUCCUGUCUUCUUUUUUUUCUUCCUCCAGCGAGAUCUUCUUUUUUUUUUAUUUUUCCUCUUCUUCUUCUUCAGCUAACUACUUUCUGGGGCUUUUUAAACUCCUUCUACGAUGCCUUUUCCUCGUUUUCUGAAUUUUGGGGGGCUUUUUAAGAGUUUGUGAUUCCUGGGAUGAUCUUAGGCUGUCACAAACCGGGGACCCGAGGUUUCAGGAACUGCUGAUAAUUGGGUCUCACCAUCUGACAUUCCACUCAUAGAACCUUAUAGUAAAGAGCACAAGAUGAGGGAAGCACAACUAGGCGCGCACACGGUGAGGUCCCACGGAAUGACUCUUGCAAGGACUCACAUGCACGACUGGAUCAUACUCGUACUACUCGUUAUACUCGAGUGCAUACUCCUUAUAAUCCACCCGUUUUAUCGCUUUGUCAGUAAAGAUAUGAUGACUGAUCUUAGCUUCCCUCUAAAGAGUAACACCGUACCAAUCUGGACUGUCCCGAUCUAUGCAAUGCUGUUGCCAUUGGUGAUCUUCAUAGCUAUCUACUUCCGUAGAAGAGACGUAUACGAUCUUCACCACGCGGUGCUAGGUCUGUUAUACUCUGUUCUGGUGACGGCGGUGCUUACGGAUUCGAUAAAGAACGCAGUUGGUAGACCACGCCCUGACUUCUUCUGGCGUUGUUUUCCUGAUGGCAAAGCUGUUUACGAUAGCCUUGGAGAUGUGAUAUGUCAUGGUGAUAAAAGUGUCAUAAGGGAAGGGCACAAAAGCUUCCCAAGCGGACACACCUCUUGGUCUUUUGCGGGUCUAGGAUUCUUGUCGCUGUAUUUAUCAGGGAAGAUUCAAGCGUUUGAUGGUAAAGGCCACGUUGCGAAGCUAUGCAUUGUCAUACUCCCUUUGCUAGUUGCAGCUCUUGUCGGUAUUUCCCGUGUAGAUGACUAUUGGCAUCACUGGCAAGACGUCUUUGCUGGAGGCUUGCUAGGUCUCGUGGUGUCUACGUUCUGUUAUCUUCAAUUCUUUCCACCACCUUAUCACACCGAAGCGUGGGGGCCAUAUGCUUACUUCCAAGUGUUGGAGGCGGCAAGAGCGCAAGCGCAAGCAGCAGAGAAUGGAGUGGCUCAGGGAGGUAACGGUGAAGAGGAAGACGGAGGCGGCGUAGACAUGCCAUUUCUUAGUCUCGUCAUCGUUACCCAUCAAGUAGGCGACGCUGUUCAAGCCGAGCUUAGUAAAGUGACCAUCAAGAACAGAGACUUCUUCCGAGAAGCUUCUGUGAGGAAAAGGCUGCCCCCCGGGGCAGAGGAAGGAGCCACGAGUGUACUUAACAGAUUUCACACUCAGAGAGAGCUCACCGGCCAGCUCAAGAAGCGGCGGGAUGGAGAGGAGGAGCUUGGUGGUGCCGCAAGUCUUGAUGAUGACUUUGUAAGGGUAGACAAAGAAGCUUGACUCAGAGAGGACGUAAGAGUCCAAAUGAUCGUUGGAGAGAGAGGAAACGAUCUCGCAGGCAGCGGGAGUGAGUAUUUGGUCAAGCUGGGACCUGGUCAGAGCACGGAGACCAAGUCCCUUGGUAUCUUGGAAGAUGCUUGGCUCGAGGAAAGAGACCUCGAGGCGCUUCUCGUAGCCUUCGAAGCCGAUUGCGGAUAAGGCCAUUGUAGGAGGAGAGAACGAUUGGUUUGGGGAACCAAGCAGAAACGGAGCUUAGAAGAAAGUAAAAUUGUAAACUGGAAAAAUAAGGAAAAGCGAUAACUAAUAUUAGGAGACUCGGUGCACGC